UCCAAAGAAUGUGUGCUACAGGGGAACCCACUCUGCUCAGUACAGCAACGCAAGUGGUCGUCUCUAAACGUGUUCACUACUUGUAGCAAUGCCUGACAACAAUAUUUUCGGGUCUUGGGACAUGAUCAGCAAUGUCAACUUUGAAGGAUUUAUGAAGGCACUUGAACUCAGCCUUGCUGUGCGUAAAGCUGCUGCAAUGCUCCGUCAGAAGAAAGUCAUAGAGCAGGCGGGUGACACCUACACUGUCAAAACCCUCAGCGUCUUCAGGAAUUAUAUUGUCUCCUUCAAGUUAGAUGAGGAAUUCAAGGAAUACACCAAAGGCAUGGAUAACAGACACUGCAAGUCGGUGGUGACGUGGCAAGGAAACAAACUGGUUUGCACUCAGGUGGGAGAGAAGAAGAAUCGUGGCUGGGCCCAAUGGGUGGAGGACGAUAAAUUACAUCUGGAGCUGUACUGCGAGGGUGAAGUUUGCAAGCAAGUGUUCAAGAGGAUUAAGUGAAAGGAGGAUGUUUAAUAAAAC